UAGGUCCCACUGCAGCCCAGGUGGCGGCGCUAGUGCGAUUGAGCCGAACUGAAGUGGAGAAGAAGAAGAUCCAGCGCUGCUGAGCCUGUCGGGGGGAGAGAAGGAGAGAAAUGAACGGCAUUCACUGGAAGUCCUUACCAUCUGCUAGUGUCCAUGCAGCUUAAAUCCACCUCCACAAACACAUUAGGAAAUGCCUUAAACAGAAGAACUACUGGAAUAUAAUAAUAUGGCGUCCAGAAGAAGCUCCAGAACGCAGCAGGUCUUCUGGUGCUCUCCACGCUGACGCUUCUCACAACAGAAUGGACCAAGAAACAGACAAGGCGAGAACCCACCACUGCUUAGAGUGUGGGAAGAGCUUUACUCACCAGCGUGUGCUCCGGGCACACCAGCGCGUUCACACCGGAGAGAAGCCGUAUCGCUGCUCCGAGUGUGGCAACUGUUUCGCUCGACAGAGUCACCUGCAGUCGCACAAGCGUGUUCACUCAGGAGAGAAGCCCUAUCACUGCUCCGAGUGUGGGAAGAGUUUCACUCGACAGGGUGGGCUCCAGUCACACAAGCGUACUCACACGGGAGAGAAGCCGUACUGCUGCUCCGAGUGCGGGAAGAGCUUUAAUCGUCAGAGCAGCCUCCAGCUGCACGGACGCAUCCACACAGGAGAGAAGCCGUAUCACUGCUCGGCGUGCGGAAGCAGUUUCAGAGACAGAGAUUCCCUUAAAAGACACCAGCGCAUUCAUACGGGAGAGAAGCCCUACGACUGCUCGGAGUGUGGGAGGAGCUUUAGAGACAGAGAUGCCCUCAAAAAACACCAGCGCACUCACACCGGAGAGAAGCCCUAUCACUGCUCGGUGUGUCUGAAGAGCUUCCCUCACCAGAGCAGCCUGCAGGUGCACCUGCGCAUUCACACGGGAGAGAGGCCGUAUUACUGCUCGGACUGUGGGCAGAGUUUCAGAGACAGAGGUACCCUCAGAAGUCACCAGCGCACUCACACCGGAGAGAAGCCCUAUCACUGCUCAGAGUGCGGGAGGAGUUUCAGAGACAGGUGCACCUUCAGAAGACACCAGCACGUUCAUGCCGGAGAGAAGCGGUGCACCUGCUCAGAGUGUGGCAGAAGCUUCAGGUAUCCGAAAAGUCUGAAAGACACACAAGUGCACUAAAAGUGAGAUUAAAACUCAUUAGGCAUGAAUUUGUCAAAAGGAAAACAAAAAUAAGAUUUUUAUCAGUUUUUAUAGGUUAGCGUGAAUCACGUGACCUGUAAUUUUGCAGUUUACCCUCAACAUUAUGGGAAAGGAGGUCCUGACUUCCUCUCUCUUGUGCUUUAUAUACUUGCAUGAUUGCGAUUGUCUGUAUAAUGACUUUAGUAAAGGUGAUGGUUCUAUAAAGAACCAUGAACACUCAAAGAACCAUUUGCAUGCUUACAUUGUGAAAUUUAAUUGUAAAUUGUGUUUCCAUUGUGAAAUCUUUCUUCAAAUUGAUGCAGAAUGUGUUGUGAAUGGUUCUUUGUAUAAUCUUUCUGAAAAGGGUUCUGUAUAGCACCCAAAAGGGUUAUGUUGUUACAAGCUUGACAUUGGACACAAUAGAAGAACUCUUUUUGGUGCUUUAUCGAACCAUAUACAACUCAUUCCCCAUCAAUCUGAAGAACCAUUUCACCAUGCAAAGUACUUAAGCAGGCAAAUGGUUCUUUCAGUGUUCAUGGUACUACAUAGAACCAUUGUCAUUACUAAAGAACCCUUGAAGGACAACCUUUUUUAAGAGUGUAUGAAUACUUGAUUAUGUCCAUGAUGACACAUUAAUGCUGCGCUAUGUCAGAUUUGGGGAUUUGGAGACCUCUGUGGUGGAAAUGUGGAACUGCACGCAAGAACAUUUUGUAGAGUGGGUUGAGCUUCAGUCUCCUUCCGCAAGCAGAUGAAUCUGAUGACUGAAAGAGAAUUCAAAGAGAGUGAAUUAUCUACUACUGUCAUCACAUCUUCAUCAUGAUUUGAUUCUGAGAUCAUUUGAGGCCGAAACAUCGAGCCGGACCUUCUUUUUGAGUCUGUGCGUGUGAUGUUAAUAUGUAAAGACGUACGACGUGGUGUGAAAAACUCCCACAAUGAAUUCUGUUUGUUUAAUUCCAUAUGUGUUACGGCUGGGCAUUUAAUCGAAAAGUAAUCGAAACCGACAUUCAGAACCUCUAACCGACGCAAUCUUGCCCACAUUCGGUUAUUUAGAUUUUUUUUUAAAUUCUGUUAAUCCUUUCCCGACUCUACGUGUUCAUGUACUGUCCCCUUAAAACUUACUAACACGUAUCACGUGAUUCCGCCACGUCCACUCUGCGACAUGGAAGCUAAGGCUACAUUCACACAGCAAGUAAAAGUGGCCCAAAUCCGAUUUUCUCACCAAAUCUGAUUAUUUUGUCUGGCUGUUCAGAUUAUCUUUUAAA